GCUUUACGCUGUCUUCAGCAUCGGCCAUGCGGUCAAGCUUCACGAGGUGGUCAACCACGGCGGGGAGCCACGCGCGGCUGAAAUUACAUUGGAAGAUCUCUUUGAUAAGUGGUCGCUCUCAAAAGCUGAGCCGCCAAAGCAGAUGGAGGGUGAUCAGCAGCGGCCCCGUCAGUUGUACACCGACAUGCAAAAGGCUAUCUUGUACCGAGCUCUUCUCGAGCUAGACGCCAAGCACAUGGGGAUGCAAAAGCUGAUCUUCUGGUGGAAACCAGAUGGGGUUUGGGCCACGUGUGUGGUCAAGCAGGGUCAGCUUACAUUGGUCCCAGUGGCACCGUUGGUCAACAUGAGCUCGAAGAACGCGUCUAAUGUGUCGGGCAUGCCGCUUGGCGACAGCGCGAUUGACAGCGGCGACAACGGCGCCAGCAAAUUCGAUGAAGCCGCGUUCGUGGCUGCGUACUGCUGGGUCGCGACAGCAUACGAUAAGAAGCAAGCCAACAUGGCUACGAGCCAAGUGUCCCACGGUGGCAUCAUGCUGCCAGUGCUGACCAGCAUUGCCGACGUCGGGCCGAACGUAAAGCUCCAGGUGUUCGUCAAGCCCAAGGCUAAG